AAAUACACUACAGGAAGUGAGGGUGUGUCAACCGGUGAUAAUAGCUAACCUGCUAGGGAAGAGAUGAUGAGCAACGCAAAAAUAUUAGGAAUACUCUCAGUUUCUGUCUUGUUACUUUAUCUGUCAAGCGCCCAAAGUAAUGAUGUGGAGGGCAGAGCUCGUCAGUUCUUCAGCAGUGGUCAUUCCAAUAAUUGGGCGGUUCUGGUGUGCACAUCCAGAUUCUGGUUUAACUACAGACACGUGGCCAACACUCUCUCAGUGUACAGAAGUGUGAAGAGACUGGGGAUCCCAGAUAGUCACAUUGUUCUGAUGCUGGCGGAUGAUAUGGCCUGUAACCAUAGAAACCCCAAACCAGCCACUGUGUUUAGCCACAAAAACAUGGAGUUGAAUGUGUAUGGCGACGAUGUGGAGGUGGAUUAUCGGGGAUAUGAGGUGACGGUGGAGAAUUUCCUUAGAGUUCUGACUGGAAGACUGCCACCAAGUACUCCUCGGUCUAAGCGUCUGCUGUCAGACGACCACAGCAACAUCUUGAUAUAUUUGACCGGCCAUGGAGGAAAUGGCUUUUUGAAGUUCCAGGACUCCGAGGAGAUCAGUAAUGUGGAACUGGCGGAUGCUUUUGAGCAGAUGUGGCAAAAACGACGGUACCAUGAGCUGCUCUUCAUCAUAGACACCUGCCAGGGCGCCUCCAUGUAUGAGAGGUUCUACUCCCCCAACAUCAUGGCUCUGGCCAGCAGCCAGGUCGGGGAGGACUCGCUCUCGCACCAGCCAGACCUGGCUAUAGGAGUUCACCUGAUGGACAGGUACACCUUUUACCUGCUGGAGUUCCUGGAAGACAUCCACCCAUCCAGCCAGGCCAACAUGAAUGACCUGUUCAAAGUGUGCCCCAAGAGCCAGUGUGUGUCCACUCCAGGCCACCGUACAGACCUGUUCCAAAGAGAGCCUAGCAGCGUGCUCAUCACUGACUUCUUCGGCAGCGUCCGCAAGGUGGAGAUCACUACGGCAACCAUUCAUUUACCAGCUGCGGCAUCCCCUCUUCCAGAGGAGAAGGAACCAAGGCUCUUCACAGAGGAGCCUCCCAGUCAGACACUCUCCUAUGUGGACCAGCUCCCUGUGGCUAAGAUUAUACACCAGAAACCCAAGCAGAAGGACUGGCACCCGCCCGACGGCUUCAUCCUGGGCCUGUGGACCCUCAUCCUGCUCAUCUUCUUCAAGACCUACGGCAUCAAACACCUCAAGCACAUCUUCUGAGUGGGAAAGAGACACUGUGGAGGACCGGUGGCGCCAAUUGGGCUGGGAAAGCCGUCCGGUCCACCACCAGCCCCCUGGCGCUUUUUUUGUGGGGUGGCGUGCAAGCAGAGAGCUGAGGCUCUCAUGGAAAUACUUGAAUUACUUUCAUGAAUUGUUCAGUUUUGUUUUUACUCUUUCUGUUAUGGCUGCAACUCUGGCUGUUGUUUAGAGUCACCUUACACUGUAAUUAUCUUAUAUCGGUGUGGAAUUGAGGGUGCGUUUGAUGCUUUUCACUGACAACUCUGCUCUCUGCAACAGUGUCAUUUCAUCCCUUUCUGAACCUCAGUGAAUGUACCCGUUGCACAUUUUAGAUUAGCAGUUAGUGUGCUAAAAAGAUGAGUCACUGGCCUGAGAUGUCACUGCAUAUUUACUCAAUUAAUAAUUCCGUAAUGGAGCUCUGUCAUAAAAUUCAGGGGGGUUAGUAUCAAAGAAAUGUCUUUUUUAUGUGCUCUUUCUCGUGCUUUUCAGAACCGGUGACACGCCAUAGAGUGGCUGCUGACCCUUUCAAUAUUGUAUUUGCUAUCCAGAAAUGUCAGAGAACUCCUAAAGGAGACUGGAAUGGGGCAGAGUCCUCCUUUGCAUUACUGCUGCAGUCUACAGAGACUGUUGCACUGCAGUCUAAAGUUUUAGACAUGUAUUAUUUCUGCAGUUCAGACAGUGAGUCUUAAAGCCUGUGAUGACUGGUCAAUGUAAAUGUUCCUAUACCAGAGGGAAUCCCUAUUUGAACUCUAGCGUUUCACUGAAGCGGUCUCUGAAGGUCACAUAUAGGAAUGAAUGUCAGGGGUUCAGACCAGCUUAUUGGCCACCUCUGUGUUUAUACACCUACAUACACAUAGGAGGGACAGCCAUAUCAUUAGUCAAGUUCUGCGUCCAGCAUUAUCAUAACACACACACACACACACACACCUCCCACUUACUCACACGCUGUGCAAGCUAGGAAGACUGAUAUGGAUUGUGUCUGUGAUAGAUACAUCCACUCCCCAUUGCAGUAUCCUGACUGUGUUCCAUUAGCUAAAUAGCAUUUACUUAAAUGAUGUCCAUUCAUUCUACCCUUACAUGGAUGGAGCUGGCUCAACAGGCUUUAGGAAGGCUUUGAAAUACAACCCCUGUGUAAAAUGUUGCCUUUGAACACAAAAUAUGGAAAAUGGAACGAAAGUGAUAUUCUCAAUUAUGUAUUUAUUUUUGUCACCCAGCACUUUUUUAUCUGGAAAGAGCUGCAGUUGGGUUUCUUGGGUAUGUGUGAAAGAGUAUGGGUUUAACUGCUGUGUUAAAGAGGGUUUAACUGCUUGGGUAUGUGUGAAAGAGUAUGGGUUUAACUGCUUGGGUAUGUGUGAAAGAGUAUGGGUUUAACUGCUGUGUCAACACAUUUUCAGACCAAUGUGUGAAUCCUUUAAACCUCCUGCUGCAUGUUUUUCUUAUUGUGUGCAUGCUCUUCCUGAAGGUGUUUUUUUUUUGCCUUUUAAGUGUGACUUUAAAUAAAAGUGAAGGGAAAGAAA